UUGAACAUGCUGUCGUAUUUCUUAUCUUAAUAUUUUAUUACAUUACUUAAAAACUCUUUCAGCUUCAUCUCUCUCUCUCUCUCUCUCUCUCCCCCCCCGAAAUCCGCCAUGAAAACACCUCCUGAGCGCACCCCAGAACCCUAGGACAAGCAGAAAAGUCCCACCACCUCGCAUUCCCUUUUCUGAUAUCCGAAUCUCUCUUUCUGUUUCACUAACGAAAUGGGCUCUCUUUUCCCCUUCCAAGACCUCAACAUGAUCCCUGACCCACCCGCCACGAGCACCACCAAGGGUGCUCUGCCUCUGCUAACCCCCAAAAUCGAGCCCAAGCUCGAGCCCUCAGACGAGCCACUGCAAAGGCAGCCGACUCCUCAAGAACCGUUCUUUUCCACCGGGACCACCAUGACCCCCUACGUCCUCUCCAAUUCGGAGCAUACCCCUAUGUCCUCCCUGCCCCUGGCCAUUUCCUCCGGUGAAGACAGCGUCUACUCCGAGUUUUUCCGAGUUUCCGAGCUCUUUCGCACCGCCUUUGCCAAGCGGUUACAGCGUUACGGCGACGUUGACGUUUUGGAUCCCGAUUCUCGCGCAAUCGUGCCAGUCCCACAGGAAGACGGCAACAACCACGUCUCAACCGUCGUUUCUAGGAAAAAGCCCAACCAGCGCUCCGCGGAGCUAGUCCGUGUCGCGGAUCUCAGCAUGGAGGACCGGCGCUACUUCCGCGAUCUCAUUCGUCGGACCCGCAUGAUCUUCGACUCUCUCCGCGUCUUAUCCAUGAUGGAGGACGAGAAGCGCCGUCUCGUGGAUGGAGGCCUCAGUCGCAAGGUCCGCGGGGAUCUGCGCGCCGCCUCUGCCCUGCGCGACCGCGAUCUGUGGCUCAACCGGGACAAGCGCAUCGUCGGCUCCAUCCCGGGGAUCUACAUCGGUGAUUUGUUCUUCUUCCGAAUGGAAUUGUGCGUAGUCGGCUUACAUGGUCAGGUCCAAGCUGGAAUCGAUUUCGUCCCCGCCAGCCAGAGCUCGAGCGGCGAGCCAAUAGCCACCAGCAUAAUCGUGUCCGGUGGUUACGAAGACGACGAGGACACCGGGGACGUGAUAAUCUACACGGGUCACGGCGGCCAGGACAAGUUCUCGAGGCAAUGUGCACAUCAAAAACUGGAGGGUGGGAAUUUAGCAUUGGAGAGAAGCAUGCAUUACGGAAUUGAAGUGAGGGUUAUCAGAGGGAUCAAAUACGAGGGCGGCGUAUCAAGUAAGGUUUACGUUUACGACGGCUUGUAUAGGAUUCUUGAUUGUUGGUUUGAUGUGGGAAAGUCGGGUUUUGGGGUUUACAAGUAUAAGCUGUUGAGAAUGGAUGGACAGGAUGAGAUGGGUAGCGCCAAUUUAAGGUUUGCUGAGAGUCUCAGGACUAGGCCGUUGACGGCGAGGCCCGUGGGUUAUCUUAGCCUUGAUAUUUCGAUGAAGAAGGAGAAAGUGCCGGUAUUGCUCUUCAAUGACAUUGAUACCGAUCAGGAACCUCUGUAUUAUGACUAUCUUGUGAAGACGGUGUUUCCACCGUAUGCAUUUCACAGGACGGGGAAUGGUACUGGGUGUGAAUGCGCCUGGGGUUGUGCCGAUGGUUGCUUUUGUGCCAUGAAGAACGGGGGAGAGAUUGCUUAUGACCACAAUGGGAUUCUUUUGAGAGGGAAGCCCGUUAUUUUUGAAUGCGGACCAUUUUGUAGGUGCCCUCCUACUUGUCGGAACCGUGUUACUCAGAAAGGGUUGAGAAAUAGGUUGGAAGUCUUUAGGUCGAGGGAGACAGGUUGGGGAGUUAGGUCCUUGGAUUUGAUACAAGCUGGUGCUUUUAUAUGUGAAUAUGCCGGGGUUGCUCUGACCAGGGACCAAGCUCAAAUUUUGUCGAUGAAUGGUGAUUCGUUGAUUUACCCAAAUCGUUUUUCAAGUAGAUGGGCCGAAUGGGGGGAUUUGUCUCAGAUAUUUACUGAUUUUGUGCGUCCAACGUUUCCCUCAAUUCCUCCGCUGGAUUUUGCAAUGGAUGUAUCGAGAAUGAGGAAUGUUGCUUGUUAUAUCAGCCAUAGUGAAACUCCGAAUGUGUUGGUGCAGUUUGUGCUAUAUGAUCACAAUAACUUGAUGUUCCCUCACCUUAUGCUGUUUGCAAUGGAGAACAUCCCUCCUUUGAGGGAGCUCAGCCUUGAUUAUGGCGUGGCUGAUGAAUGGACGGGGAAGCUAUCUAUCUGUAACUAAUUAAUUAUAACAGAAUAAUUUUGAAGGCUUCAUGCAUUUUUGAAUGUGGUGCAGCGCAGAGUCCGGAGGGACAUGAUGCACUGAGCUGAAGGUGGACGGUAUGUUUAUAAAAUUUUGUCACCUGGCUUCCAAAAUUCUCUGGUCCGUCAAGAUAGAUGCUGUAAAUAUAAACCCUCGAUCAGAUUACCAAAAAAGCUGUGACUUGAUUGAUAUCUCACUGUUGUGGUUCUAUGGUAGUGUUCUUGAACUGAGUACACAAUCUUGGACUUCCUCAGUUGGUGAAGAAAUUUACAACAAAAUUUGUCAAGUCACAAAACCUGCUGUGAUGGUCAACCCUGACAUUUUAAGAAACUACUGUAAUCUCUUUUCUAGACUUCGAGGAUCAAGCCUUUCUGCAAGCCAUUUCCACUGGGACUGGUUCCAACGAGGUUUGUAAGCUUGAAGUCUUGGCUGUAUGGAUCCUUUUUUUACUUUUAGCUUGUACAUAUUAAGUGCAAAAUUGGAUAAAGCUUGUAUGGAAA